CCCCCCGCGAUCUUGAAAUAUUGUUUUUUUCUCCACCCGAACGAGUAUUGUAACGUAGUGAAACCUCAACUCAUCUCCACUUUGAUGGGUUAAAACCCCCUCCGUUACAUUUGAGUUUCUAGCUUUCCGAGCUUCUCGAGCUAGCUUAGCUUAGCUUCCUACCCGCGAACAAAGAGACGCCUUUGCUAGUUUCGCCGCAUAUCAGUCAGCGGAGAUCAAGCGUGAGUGUAAAUCUGCCGUGGCCGUCGUGCGACAAUGUGUGCAAAACGUGUGAAAGGAGAAGAGUGCGAGGAUGAACUUUGUGCACCAAAAGAGGAGAACGAGCGACAACUUGAACUGCUGGACGCGGUUUGCAAGCAGCCUCGAGUUGUCUUACAAAAAGCAGAAGUUAGUGAGGGAGAUCUUCCUGAGCAGCAGGAGCCCGAGUGCCACCGCCACAUUAAAGAGGAGGAGGAGAAGGAGCCAGAUCCUCCUCAUAUUAAAGAAGAAGAGCAGUUGGAUGAAAUCGCUGAGUUUCCAUUGACUGGUGUCGUUCUGAAGAGUGAAGAUGAUUACGAAGAAGAAGGUGACAGUGGAUCACAAGCAGACGGCCUCUUAGCUCCACUAUCCGACGGUGACGACAUAACGUCUCACUCUUCUGAUGAUGAUGAUGAUGAAGAAAAGCACUUUAAAGGAGAUGUAACAUGGCAACCUGACAACAAAUGUUCUCACGGUGACAAAACGUUUUACAACUCAUCGCUGAAAGCAAAUGAGAGCACACUCACUGGCGAAAAACCUUUCGCUUGUUCGGUUUGUGGUAAAACGUUCAACAGAAAGACAACUUUGGCAACGCACACAAGGACACACACAGGAGAAAAACCUUUUGCCUGCUCAGUUUGUGGUAAAAGAUUCUCUGACAAGACAAAUUUAACAACGCACACAAGGACACACACUGGGGAGAAACGUUUUGCCUGCACAAUUUGUGGUCAAAGAUUCUCUUCAAAGACUAAUUUAACAGGACACACUAGAACGCACACCGGAGAAAAACCUUUUGCCUGCUCAGUUUGUGGUCAACGGUUUACUCAGAAGGGAGAUUUAAAAAUACACCACAGAACACAUACUGGGGAAAAACCUUUUGCCUGCUCGGUUUGCGGUAAACAGUUUGCUAAAAAGACAAAUUUAACAACGCACACAAUGAUACACACUGGUGAGAAACCAUUCAGUUGCAGUGUGUGUAAUAAAGGUUUCCAUAUCAAUUAUGAGCUUAAGAGACACAAGUGCGCCGGUGAGAAGAGAAGCUGUCGAUGAAGCUGCGGAAUAAACAGAAGAAAACUGAGGCUGUGUUGAUCGUUAUUGACUCAUUCCCAAAUCCGCAAUCACUGUACAGCAGAACCUUGGUUAACAAAUACCUGGUUUACGAACAAUUUGGUG